AUGCCCACCACCCACCGCCGCUGUGCCAACACUCCUACCCAGAGCCGCCACUCAAGCAGGCAGUCCCAGAUCACCGAUCCCCCAUCGGCUAGGAGCCCACUCCGGGUCCUGGGCCCGCCCCCUCCCCACGUGCAGUCCCGGACUCCAGCUGCGCCCAGCGACUCCCUCAACAAUGGCGCGCAGCUUCUCGCUGGCAUACGCCCCUUCGCACACCCGGGACUCCCUUUCUCCUAUCCUCGUCCACUCGGGAAUGAGGCAAGGCGGAUAGGGCGGGCGCGCGGCCAGGCGACUCCUGGGCCCCCGGCCCUCGAGCUCCAACUCCAGCCCGGGCCCAAGCAAGUUGCGCCGGCGGCGGAGAGCCGGGCUGCAGGGCCACCGGCCCGCCAUGCCGGCGGUCAAGAAGGAGCUCCCAGGCCGCGAGGACCUGGCCCUGGCUCUGGCCGCCUUCCGUCCGACCCUGGCCGCACUACCACUGCCGCCGCUCCCAGGCUACCUGACACCACUGCCAGCUUCGGCCGCCCUGCCCCCGGCCGCCUCGCUACCCGCCGCGACCGCCGGCUACGAGGCGCUGUUGGCUCCGUCACUCCGCUCGCCGCGCGCCUACCUGAGCCUACACGAGGCCGCCCCGUACCUCCACCUGCCCCGGGACCCCCUGGCCCUCGAGCGCUUCUCUGCCACUGCGGCCGCAGCACCGGAUUUCCAGCCGCUGCUCGACAACGGCGAGCCGUGCAUCGAGGUGGAGUGCGGCGCCAACCGCGCGCUCCUUUACGUGCGCAAACUCUGCCAGGGCAGCAAAGGUCCGUCCAUCCGCCACCGCGGGGAGUGGCUCACACCCAACGAGUUCCAGUUCGUCAGCGGCCGGGAGACGGCCAAGGACUGGAAGCGCAGCAUCCGCCACAAAGGAAAAAGUCUGAAGACGCUUAUGUCCAAGGGGAUUCUGCAGGUGCACCCUCCGAUCUGCGACUGUCCAGGCUGUCGAAUAUCCUCCCCAGUGAACCGGGGCGGCUGGCAGACAAGAGGACGGUUGCCCUCCCCACUGCGCGGGUCCUAAAGAAGGAGCUGACCACCAGCUUCUCGGCCAGUGAUGGUGACAGCGAUGGGAAUGGCCCCGCCUAUGGGCAGCGGCCAGGCUUGAAGCAGGAGGACGCCCCACAUGUCCGUAUCAUGAAGAGAAGAGUCCACACCCACUGGGACGUGAACAUCUCCUUCCGAGAGACGUCCUGCAGCCAGGACAGUGACCUGCCCACCCUCAUAUCCAGCGUCCAUCGUAGCCGCCACCUCGUUAUGCCCGAGCAUCAGAGCCGCUGUGAAUUCCAGAGAGGUGGUGUGGAGAUCGGCCUGGGAGCUGCAGGUGACCUGUUGGGCAAGAGGCCAGGCCGCACCCCCCACGUCAGCGGUGAGUGCCCACUGGAGAAGAAGGCACGAAGCAAGCCACCCCAAGAGACUCUGUUGCUGCCAGAACUAGGGCCAAGCAUGGCCCCUGAGGAUCACUACCGCCGGCUUGUGUCUGCCCUGAGUGAGGCCGGCACCUUUGAGGACCCGCAGCGUCUCUACCACCUGGGCCUCCCCAGCCACGAUCUCCUGAGGGUCCGGCAAGAGGUGGCAGCGGCAUCUGUGAGGAGCCCCAGUGGCCUGGAAGUCCACUUACCCUCAUCCACGGCAGGUCAGCGCCGAAAGCAGGGCCUGGCUCAGCACCGAGAGGGCACCGUGCCAGCUGGCACCCCAUCCUUCUCAGAGAGGGAGCUGUCGCAGCCGCCCCCCUUGCUGUCGCCCCAGAAUGCCCCUCACAUCGCCCUGGGCCCCCACCUUCGGCCUCCCUUUUUGGGGGUGCCCUCGGCCCUGUGCCAGACCCCAGGUUACGGCUUCCUGCCCCCUGCCCAGGCGGAGAUGCUCGCCCGGCAGCAGGAGCUCCUGCGGAAGCAGAACCUGGCCCGACUGGAGAUGUCGGCAGAGCUGCUGCGUCAGAAGGAGCUGGAGAGCGCGCACCGGCCGCAGCUGCUGGCGCCCGAAGCCACCCUGCGCCCCGCCGACGGCGCCGAGGAGUUGCAGCGGCGCGGGGCCAUGCUGGUGCUGAGACACAGCUCCGCGCCGCUGCUGGCCCUGCCCCCCCAGGGACCCCCGGGCCCCGGCCCACCCACCCCUCCCCGGGAGCCUGUCCGCCGAGCCCCUCGGAAGGGGGGACCCAGCCCUGCCUCAGCCCACUCCAGUGAGUCCAAGGAGACCACGGGGGCUGGGCUCUGGGCACAAGAUGGCUCUGAGGAUGAGCCCCCAAAGGAUUCAGAAGGAGAGGACCCUGAGAUGGUGGCCGCCGGGGGCCAGGGCCCCACCCUGGGCCAAGCCCCAACUGGACGGGCCAGCCCUGAGGGGAAGGGGCUUCUCUCAGGGUCCAUGCUGCCCCCUCCACUGCCCCUGGGCUUACCCUACGCCGUCAGCCCCUACUUCCACACAGGUCUUCAGAGAACAGGGGAUCGACGGGGAGACCUUGCCCCUGCUGACAGAGGAGCACCUCCUGACCACCAUGGGGCUGAAGCUCGGGCCUGCUCUCAAGAUCCGGGCCCAGGUGGCCAAGCGCUGGGCCGAGUCUUCUACAUGGCCAGCUUCCCUGUGGCUUUGCCACUGCAGCCACCAACACUACGGGCCCCAGAGCGGGAGCUCACCUCUGGAGAGCAGGCCCUGUCCCCAGCAUUGGCCCCUUCCCCCUAUGGUGGGGGGCACCCCCCUGCUGGGAGAGCCUCGCCCAAGCAAGAGAAUGGAACUGUGGCUCUACUCCCAGGGCCUGCAGACCCCUCCCAGCCUCUGUGCUAACCUGGUGGGUGGACCACCCUAAGCCCUAAGCCCUUCGGUGCCAGCAGCUCUGAUACAAAGGACCCACUCCACAGCUUCUCUUCCUUUUGGUUUUGGAUGCAAAAACAAAAGAUUUUUUUAAAGGAAAACAUGACAUCAAAGGAAAAGAGUUUCUGAAACUUUCUGGGAGUAGAGUCAGGUGCAGACAGCCUGGGGACCCAAACCUGAGCCCAGGCACAGGGACUCUGCAUCCUGGGGACCUGCAGACAAACCAAAGAAUGACAGAGGAGGCGGAGAAGGCACAUCAUGCCACACUGGCCUUGGCCAUGCCUGCUGGCUCGCUCUGGAACCGGGACAGUUCUCUGCGAGAUUCUCAGCAUCCUGCCAUCGGGUGAGAGGUCAGGGCAGAGUCCCACUCCAGACCAGCUUCCCUCACGGGGCUGAUGUAUCUAACCCAGCAGUGCGGUAUGCACCGUGGGCAGGCUCCACGGUGCUGGUUUCCAUCCCCACAGCCGCCACUCCAGGGAUCUGCACAGGGCUCGGUACUUUCUGGUCUUUCAUGUUGCGAAAAUAAAGCCCGGUCCACCAUCUACUGCCCUCCCCCGCACUGCGCAGGCCCUGGCCUCGGGUCUCAGCACCGGCCAAGAAGACACAAGCCUGGCUGCCUGGUAAGGUGGGAACACUGCACGGCAGUCCCCGCAGGCCCCGCCCCAGGCCGGCAGCCCUCAAUCCUCCUCAGAGAGCUGUAGCUCCUCCAACUCAUCCUCUGGUCCCUGGGCCAGCCGCCACAGCUCCCCGAGGUGCAGCCCCGCCUCUGUGUCUGGGUCUCCAUCUGCAGGGAGAGACCGAGGCUACAUAAAUUCUGCUUUAUCGGGAAGAAGCCAGCCUUGGAGAUUACUCAUCACUAAUUAAUCACAGCCCUAAUUAAUUUAUUGGUGCCACUGUUACUGGCUGCCAGAGCCAGCGGGAACGGAGCAGCUGGCGUGGCAACCUCAAGGAGGGGUGUGAGCCCAGCUUAGAGCCAUUCUCCCACCCAAUGGCCCCUCCCACCCACCGACGAAGUGACGCCCACGACAGCCUUGGGUUCCUGAACAGACAGGUUCAAAGGGCUACAGCACCACCCCUCACUCCCAGGAAUCACUCACCCUUUGAAUUGCUGACUUCCUCUUGGCUGCUAAGGCUGCCAUCCUCCUCCUGCUUUUCCUCCUCUACCCUCUGCCAAGCUCUCGGGGACCCAGGCAUCCCUGGGGACCAAAAGAGCCCAUGGGAGUAAGCCCACCAGCAAAUACAUACUGGGGACAGCUAAUGUAGGAGGGUGGGCCAGGCUCAGAAGCCCGUACCCACCCACCCUUCCCUCAGGCCCCCUUCAUACAGGUGGAAAGGAUUCAGAAGUGUCCAGCCAAUAGUACAGGUGAGGGAAUAAGGUCUUGGGACACGUGUCCCAACUCUGGGAGGCCCUCACCUCAAAGCAAGUGAAGUGGUGGGAGAAGGGGCACCGCAAACGUGAGCAGCCAGGGGGAAGCAGGCACCCUCUUCUGGUCCCAGGAGACGUGUCAGGAAGCCUUCCAGGGCCACCUACCCCUUCCCCACAGGGAGCUCAGGCUCAGGAGUCCAGGCCCCUACCUCUCUCUGAGAAACCCAUGGUACUGUCUUCCUCGUCACUGUCCAGAUCAAAGAGGUCCUUAAAUUCCACUCUGUCUUCAUCCUUAUUGCCUCCCACUUUCCGCCGCUUUAUCUCUGGGAAGUUCAAGUCUUCCAGCUGCAAAGACCCAAAACCAGAGUAGUGAGGGUGGUCUGGCGGCCAUGAGAGAACCCACCUGGCCCAAUCCCCAACCCACCAUGUCUCAGCCCUGGGCCCCACCCUCCACUUCAAGGCUUAGCUCACAGCCACAGCUGGGUCACAUCAUGCGUCAUGCAGCAAGAGCCUUGACCGCAGCUACUGUCCUUCCCUCCCGUUCCCAAAGACAGACUUUACCCAAACCCAGCAUCCUGUUCCCUUUUCCAUUUCCCUUCAGGCCUUGCCUCCCAACCCGUCCCCCACACAGACUCUGCUUGGCCAACUUGGCCAGACAUCGCUGGGUAGGACUCCUGGACAGCCACCCUGCCAGGCAGGUGAGGGGGCCCCAGCCACGCACACUGGCCACUAAGUACCAUCAAAAGCAUAGUUACACCCACUGGCUGAAGGCCCAGCUAUAGCCCCCCCCCCACCCCCACCACCUUUGUGUCUCCACGUCUUUAGUCAUCACGUCAUGGGAUUGCAGACCCAUGAUACCAGGACAGGGAUACAGUCACAGGCAUGCCACUCAGCACGAAACUGUCCCCUCAAGUCACACCAUGCCACACCCACUGGCACAGCUCCUCCUGCCCCUCCCUGCCUGCCCUCCUGGUGUCCACAGGCUGGCCUGAGAAAUAAGGUCAGUCUGGCCACUUAUUCCCCCAAAAUCCCCAGCCCAGUCAGGCCUGACAAGGCGUAAGGACCUCCUCCUGGAGGUCAUGAGAGAAGCCCCCUGGUCACCCAGUAAUGCAUGAGGUCUGCCCCUCCAGAGCAGCCCCAGGACAGGCUGCAGCUGGGAACAGGCCCCAACCGUCCUAGUGACCUCGUCCCUGAGACUAUUUCCUCCCACAAGCCCCCUUCCCCACUCUGGUCUUAAAGUCAGAGCCAGGGUGCUAGACCCUGGUCUCAGAACACACCAGGUGGUCAUGCCCACAUCCCCGCUCCGAGCCUCCCCUGCAGACAUACCCGCUCUUUGCCACUGAUCUCCAGCUGGAUCUCUCGCUCUCUCAGCUUCCGCCACUGGCUAUAGUACUUGGUGAGAGGUGUCCCCUCUUCUCGGGUCUGCUUCUCCCAGGUGUCCUAUGGGGAGAGUUUCAGGAUCGUGUCCACCCUGGGGAAACCUCCAAACCCCAGCCCUGCACUGACCAGUGCCCUCAGGCAGUGCUGCCCCCCCCACCCACCCAGACACCAGCUCCCAACUGACCACUGCAUGCUGGUCAGCCACACCGAAGGAGGCCCUCUGGCGGCGACUGCAGAUAUACUCAGCGUUCUCCUGCACCUUCUCUAGCAGCUGGCGUAGCUGCCGACAGUAGUUGGCCACCUUGCAUUCCCGGAGGAAGGAUUUCAACUGCAAAAGGAAGGGGGGGGGGGCCGGGGGGGGGGCGCGGUGCUCAGCCUAGGUCCAGGCACAGACCAUGAUCUGCCGGGAUCACACAUGACCACAGGGAGGUGAUGGGGGAGCAGGAAACGUGUGUCUCACAGCCCGAGGGCACACAGUUGGGGAACGGGGCAGUUACGUCGGUGUGGGGUGGGGGCCGCGGCGUGGUGCCGCAUGACCCCUGUUGUCUGGGCCCUGUGGGGGCUGGAGAGCAGACGGCCCACCCUACGGGCCGGGCAGAGGAACAGGCGGCAUGGAUCUACCCUCCAGGGCACAUCCCACCCUCAGCCUGUCUGUGUAAAUAAAGCUGUAUUGAUACACAUCCACACUCCUUCA